CUCUGCUAGCUGCCGGGGGUGCUACCAUUCUCAGGACCUUCAUCAUGAAAGGCUUUCUGCUGCUCACCUUGUCUGCUCUGUUCUGCUGGGUCUCAGCUGAUAUUCGCUGUCACCACUGCAACAAGGUCCCUGUGCUAGGCUGUAUUGACCGGAAAUCCUGUCUCUUGGAACAAGGACAACAAUGUGUAACAACAAAUGUGUACCUAGGGAAGAUGUGGCUUUACAGCAAAUUGCGCUGUGGCACACGAGAAGAGCCUUGUAUGGAAGCCUUCAACGAAACCAUCCACAAGCUGGGCCUGAACUAUAACACCACAUGCUGCACCAAGGACAGUUGCAACAGCCUGGCCCCUCGCGCCACUCCUGGCCUGGCCCUGGUCUUCCUCACUUCCUUCGCAGGCCUGGGCUUCUGGUUGCUGCACUGAGGCUUAUUCCAUGACUGGGCCUCCUCCUACUUGCCUUCGUCUGAGCCUUUUUCCCAGUGUCCCCAGAGCCUGGCUUCCCCACCCCUGAAGCAUUUCCCAAGUCCCUUCCCAUUUCUUCAAUGACGCAGAGCCCAAAGCGGUCUCCCUGGCCAUCCCUCCCACCUCCGUGGAAACCUCCAUUCCUAUUUUUCCUGAGUCCUUACCCAUUUCCUUCUAAACCACUUCACAUUCUCCCCUGGCCAUAAUGGGCUCCCACUUUGUCUCCAGCACUCUACUGUGCCCUCUUCAAGGAAGGACUGGGAAUCUGGGCCUGUGGUAUGGGGCUUCCAUCCUGUCCCCAGAA